CGCUUUUGCUUCCGGGACACGUAAUCACAGCUGCAGCGGCGAAGACUUCUCCAUCAGCUGCAAGAUCCGCGGCGUGCACCGGGAAUCGCAAAUAUUCCCACAAACCAUGGAGACUUUGUACAGCAUACCGUUCACCGUGCUGGAAUGCCCAAAUAUAAAGCUGAAGAAACCCUCUUGGCUGCAUAUGCCGUCUGCUAUGACCGUCUAUGCCGUGGUCAUUGUGUCAUAUUUUCUCAUCACUGGAGGAAUUAUUUAUGAUGUUAUUGUUGAGCCCCCCAGUGUGGGAUCAAUGACUGAUGAACAUGGACAUCAAAGGCCAGUAGCCUUUCUGGCCUACAGAGUAAAUGGACAGUACAUUAUGGAGGGAUUGGCCUCCAGCUUCCUCUUUACAAUGGGAGGACUGGGCUUUAUAAUCCUGGAUAGAUCCAAUGCUCCUAACAUUCCCAAACUCAACCGCUUCUUGUUACUGUUUAUUGGUUUCGUGAGUGUGCUCCUCAGUUUCUUCAUGGCCAGAGUGUUCAUGCGCAUGAAGCUGCCAGGAUACCUGAUGGGAUAGAGUAGCACCGUACCACCUAAAGAAGACAACAAUAUGAACUGAUAACACUGCACUCUCUAGAUUUGGACAUAAGGCACUGAUAUUGUGAACUGGACUUUUGUAAAAGUGCAUAAUGAUUAUACACUAUACAAGACUUUUCAAAUGUGGGGCUCUUUGAACAGUGUUGGAGCUCAGCUAAAUUACCUUUAUUUAGGCCCUGUUUAUAGGUCCUUUUGAAAUGCAGUCUACACAUAAUUUGUAUUGCAGUAUCUGAAUUUGUCAAUUUUUGUAUGAAGUGAAUUAAAUCUGGUUUUCACA